GUGGCAGUAAUGUCAAUGAAUCCAUUCUAUCAACAAAUCUUCAGAUGAAUGUGAAUCAAAAUUUAUAAAUAACUUGAAAUAGAUUCGACAGGCAGACGUAAAAAAUGGACAAGUUGAAGAAGGCGCUUAGCCAAGACAAAGAAGAUGAGGAGAGUGGAAUUGUCACGCAGUUUUCUGAUGCUACAACAUUAAGCUGGUCAACAAGAAUCAAGGCAUUUGCUGUUUGUUUUGUUUUGGGCGUAGGGCUAUCUAUAUUGGGAAGUUGUUUAAUGUUUGCCCCCAAUGGUUUAGUAUUAUUUGGUGUUUUAUAUACUCUGGGAAAUGUUCUUUCUUUAAUGAGUACAUGUUUUUUAAUGGGACCUUUAAGUCAGUUGAAGAAAAUGUUUGCCAAAACAAGAAUUAUAGCUACAAUAUUAGUCGUGAUUAUGUUUGUUUUAACAUUAGUUUGUGCAUUUGCUUUAAAAAAUCCAGCCUUAACUAUAGUAUGCUGUGUAUUACAGUUUGUAGCUUUGACAUGGUAUUCCAUAUCAUAUAUACCUUUUGCCAGAGAUGCUGUAAAGAAAUGUUUUGGAUCUUGUCUUGAUAUGGACUGAACAUUUUGAUACUUAAAUCAUUAUUGUCAUCAUAAAGUGGUGGGAUUUUCAUAUAAAUCAUGCAAUGCAUGUGCAUUCAGCUUGUUCAAUGAUAAUCAAAUAUCAGAAUCAUAUUUCUUGAAAGUGACUUGCUCAUUCAAGCUUGAUUUUUAGUUCAUCUCAAGCUUUGUUACUUUUAUAU